CAAGAUUGUAAGAGGUGAAUCGACAUUGUACGACGGUGGUGAAUGCAUAAGUGAUUGAAAAAAUCAGAAAAGAAAAAUGGAGCGUUUGCAGUGACGUGUGUUUGAGAAUCCGCCUGUUCACCUUUCCAUGUUUUACACGGUUUUUUUUCUGUUUCUCUUGACUCCUUGCGUUUGCCCCGCUUUCAUCCCUUUUUCAGUUAUCUGCUUUGGUUGAUCCACGCUUCACCCCUCUUAUAGACUCUUUAUUUUAUUUUUUUAUUCUCUCUUUAUACUUCCUUUAAACUUUCUUUGUCACCAAUCCCGUUUCUCUUGGUUGCGCAUCUAUGCUUCCUUCAGACUAUUCGGCACGGGCUUCUCGUCCGUUAUCAGAGAUGCUCCGGCCUACCCAUUACACUACAAUGGAAGCCGACGCUCUCGGCCAUUUGUAUGAAGACCUGCAAGAUUACGAGAAGACUCUCGAUGACAUGGCCUCGGCUAAACUCGACCAGAACUUCAAAGAGGAGAUGAAGCACGUCGAACAGUGGUUCAGCUUUCUGUCCGAGCCCGAAAAGACAGCCACCCUUUACGCCUUGCUUCAACAUGCUUCACAGGUUCAAGCACGGUUCUUUAUGAAUAUGUUACAACAAAUGAUCAAGCGUGACCCUUUGCACCCCUACUUGACUUCGAUUCAGGAUCCAGUGACCGAGACUCGAUCAUCGAGUGUGGGAGGCAUUCCCGCGCCUCUCGCCUACAAAAUGCGAGACAAUCAAACCCCGUCGUCUGUGAACAAACGCCUUAGUGGAAGCCAGUAUUCAUUUGGUUUAGGCGAUAUGGAAGAUUGCACGAAAUUGUUUGGUCCGCUUGGCAGCGAUUUAUUGGGUCGAUCUCAAGGGCCGCCGGGAACGAAUGGGCUUCUCAGGGACGGAGGUUCUGCACCCUUACUGUCGGCUCCAGGACUGACUUCCUCUCGUCCUCGUUCCGUGAUUGAGGGUCCGGCAUCCUCCAAUCUAUUUACCGACUGGCUUAACCCGCCGAGAAUUGAAGUGGGCCAUAUUGGCGAUCGUAAAAAACCGGCGGAACGACCCAAGUCGGCCGACAUUUCCACAUGGGCUUUGCCCACCAAAGACAACCAACAUUUUCAAUCGCCAUGGGCAGGAGGAGGAGGAGGCGGAGGGAGUGGCAUGACGAAUCGAAUGUCAACACCAAAUGCACAUCGGUUUGGAAUGAGCAGUUUGACUCCUCAAUGGACGCAUCGUGGCAUACCUGGAGUGGUGCCCGAGCAAGGUAUUUUUGAAUCACGUCGACCGGUAUCGAUGUACGAAAGUAGCGGCAUCAACAGUAAUGCGAUCAAGCAACCCCCGAUUUCACGUUCCACGUCGCCUGGAGGGCCGGAAAAGCGUCAUCACCACAUUACGCCACCUGAAUUGGAUCGACUCCAACUUUCAGAGGAUCGGGAUGAUUUGAGUGAUCACAGUGAAGCUUCGCAUAUGUCAGGUCACAUGCGCGGCAAUCUGCUCCCUUCCAACCUAAGACCCACCAAAGACAAAAAGCCCAUGGAUGCAGUAGAUAUGGAGCUACUCAAAGAUGUUCCUGCAUGGUUCCGAUCGAUGCGUUUGCAUAAAUACAAUUCAAUUUUUGAACCGAUGAAAUGGCAAGACAUUGUCAAACUGACGGAUGAGCAGUUGUUGGCCAAAGGCGUUGCUGCACUGGGUGCCAGGCGUAAAAUGCUGAAAGUAUUCGAAACAAUUCGAACCCAUUGCGAUGUGAAUAACAUCGAAUAUUAAAAAACGUUCUCCACUUGCCGGCAAGUUUUCAGUGUUUUUGUCAAGCGCCAGCCGUUUUUGACAUGUUGGUUAUAAUCUUUUUCUCUCACUCUCGCUCACUUUCAGAUUCCUUUCUCAAAAUAAAUGCAAGGCCCUUGGAAGCCUAUGGGUAAACCCAAUCCCGAAAAUACUAACUUGUUGCUUCACUUUUUGUACCAUUGGACGAUAAUUCACA